UUUUUGGGCGCAUGCGUUUUCUAUGCGGUCGCAAUGAAGCAUCAAAUUAGUGAGAAAGAGGGUGUCCAAAAGGGCCUCCGUUUAGCAUUUCUAAAAAUUAUCUAUACGUGUCUCGAAUGCCUGUGACUGUUUUCCAAUGGCUUUUUUCAAAUGUCUUUACUGAUAUUACAGCAAACAAAAAUAAUCCAAAUAUUUACUAGUGUAUUUUGAUAUUUACUUAUUUGCUUACCUAACCUUAUUCGGCCUGACAGUAACUUCGGGUUUAACUGCCGCGACAUGUUCGAGCGUGACCUGUCAUUUUUUUGAAAAAUACUUGGAAUUAUUUCCAAAGAACAUUUGAGAAUAGUAAUUUGAAAUCAUAAAUAUUUAUUUUAGAAAAAAGAAGGGAAAAAAGUGGGACAGAGAUUAAGUAGAAAGAUGGGAGCAAAGAAAAAGUGAAGAGAGUGUCGAAUAACCACAAGUAUCCUCGAGACACGGUGGCUGACGCCACUAAACACGAAAAGGAAAAAAGAUGCCUGUCAAACUUUCGCGCCUCAUGACAUACGCUAUGUACGUUACUGGAUUUACUAUCGCUGUCGUGCAUGCACGAGAAAAAGCGUCCCUGCUGCACACUAAACUGUAUAAGGCGAUCGGCGGUAAUCCUGUCACCGUUUAAUAAAUACAAUUGAUCGGCACGAUAAACAGCGGUGUCUCGCAGCACCACGGCGGUCUGUGUCUCGUCAGUUUCGGUGCGUCAGCUUCGAGCAGAUCGAAUGAGAAUUCUCAGAUUCGACGACGCACUGUGCGAAGAAAAAUGUGCGACGAGAACGCGAGCUGCGCGCACGACAGCAAAACAGAUGCACAAGUAUCACUGUUGGAUCUUCCGAUUGAGAUAUUCUUGCACAUAUGCUCCUUCCUAGAGGCGUCGACUCUAGCAUACACUUUGAGCCCAGUAUGCAAACAGUUUUACCUGAUUUUAAGAGAUGACUCAUUGUGGAAGGCACGAGUUAACCGUAUGUGGACGGAUGCUAGCUACCCAGUUCUGCGUCUCGCAAAGGAUAACAAUCUAUUUUGGAGAUUGGCAUGUGUUGCACUCGAGAAGCAAAGAAAAUUAUGGAAACAUCAAGAUUCCAUGGAAAAAUUGUUGCUUACAGAUGUACAGUACAGUACUAUAGAUGCUCUAUUGUUGAUGCACGGUGGAACAACUUGUAUAUCUGGUGCGAGGGAUCGCUCCCUGGUUUAUUGGAAGCUACCUACGCAAGAGAACGAGCGCGAGAAGGCUGCUUGCAUAGAGCAGGCGCAUAACGGAUGGAUUUGGGAUCUCACAGCGAUAGACAACACGAUUUACAGUUGCAGUUGGGACCAAAGCAUCAAGUCGUGGUUGCUCACCAACACCGGUCUGGUUCACCUGAAGACCUACAAAACAGGAAGUACGGGUGCGCUGCUGUGUGUGUCGUCGUGCGCGGAACAGGAGGUCUUUGCGGCCGGCUCAUACAGCUGCACCGUGUUCAUCUUUGACUCGAGAUUAGGACACAAGCCGAUCGCGGAGUAUCAUCCGCAUUCCAGAGCCGUGCUCAAGUUGGCUAUGAAUUCGUCGUAUAUCCUGUCCGCCAGCGAGGACAAGAAAGUGACCAUUUGGGAUCAGAGAGCUAGACAAAUGCUUAGAUGCGUUAACAUCUCGAAGAAUGCAUUCCCCAUGUGUAUGAACAUGCACCGUGAUUGGGUCUACGUCGGCGAUAGUGCCGCGGAAUUGCACGUGCUGAAUCCGAAGAACGACUUCGCAAUAGUCAAGUCGUAUGUCACUGGGCACAAGAAAGGAAUAACGGGAGUGCAUCAGACGCGCGGGUGUCUGAUCACUAGCUCGACAGAUGGAACGGUCAGAAUUUCGAGUCCUACGGAUCCUCCGAAGUGUCUUGCUACGUUGACUUUUCGCUUCGGAGAAGUCGCCAGUAUGGAUUACCUGAAUAGCGUUCUUGCAAUAUCCGGUACAGAAGGAAUCGAGAUAUGGCGGCCGAAGUCGAUGUGUUCAAACAAAGAUCAAUAAGCAAAGAAUUUUUACAUAGAAACCUAUAUAUUGCUUUGAUACAUAAUAUAUUUUUAGUCUUUCUUUUAUCAUAUAUACACACAUACACACUACUGCACAACGCGCGCUGUUCUAGUGUAUAAUAAUGUAAUGUGUUGUUUCGAAAUUAUAUAUAGCUAUUAAUUCGUUGGUAAUUCGUAUAAUAAUUUAAUAAAGGCUUCACUAACACAUA